CCCUCAUUGUUUCUCAUCGAUGAAUUGAUUAUUGGAUGGCUCUCUUGCUUGCUUACUUAUUUGCUUAAUCGCUUGCUUGCCAUUGCGGCAGCAGCAUGGGGUGAGAGCCGGUUGUGCACACCACUCUUGUUCCUGAAUUGGCACCUGUCAUCCGAAACACAGCCAAGCCCAAAUGUAUGGUCAUGAGUGCAGGAUCGGCGCAAAGUGAAGGCGACCAAGCGGAUGGGUCGUCUUGGCAAUAUGAACCGAACAAAUGGCCUGACAAUUCGCAGACUUGGACGACGAUCAUAUGUUAUCGAAGGAAGGGCCGCAUCAGUGCAUGCCGUGAAGAGGACGACUGGCUACGCCCAAUUGACAAUCGGCGGGAGGGCAGAAAUAUCCACGCCUCCAAACCUUUGCCGGUACUGGCUUCGCUCACUUGUCAAUCUCUCAAUCCUUUAAGCUCGCAAUGCCUACCUAGAUCCUAUCCUAUCUUCUAUCUGAUCCAUUUACAUAGAUUAGGUUGCCUUGGCCAUUAUCAUAUCCACGUCUGCUACAUGUGUUCACAGGUACUUUUCUUGUAUCUGUCAAGAAAACUCCUUAAUUCGCACGUACCCUUGAUCUUGUUCUUUCUACAUACUGAAGCAGCAGCCUGUUUCAGCAAACAGAAGUUGCUUCGCAGAUGGCCCAGAUAAGCGGUGGUUUAAAUGGUUGGACGGUCAGCGAGCGCACAGCCUGGAGCAUUUUCUGGCUCGGGUCUUUUUUUCUCUUUUUUCUUUUUUCUUUUUUCUUUUUGUUCUGGA